AUGCAGCGGCUGCACAAAAUAUUCGUGCUGGCAAUAGUUUGCGCAGCAGUGAGGGCACAGGAGUGCCCUUCGGCCUGCACGUGCAACAGCACCCGCGUGGCCUGCGACGCUGCUGCAUCCCCGCAGGACAGACUCGGCCGCGGCCUAUUCGCGCCCUUCAGCUCCCACCUGCAGGAAAUCUCCUGGACUAACUCCAAAACAAACACUCUAGAAAUAGACGUAUUUGACGGACUCAACGACUUGGAGUACAUCGACUUGAGCAGAAACGAAAUCAAAAGAACCGAGCACGGCCAGUUCGCACGGCUGAGCAGAUUAAAGUACCUUAACCUAUCGCGGAACUUCAUCGACGAUAUUCCCCGGUUCACUUUCGCCGAUUUAGAAAAUCUAGAGGUCCUAGAUGUGUCCCACAACCGGCUCCACGUUAUACCAUUCCAGGUCUUCGGGCCGAUGAUCAAACUCCAAUAUUUGGAUAUAUCGCAUAAUAAAAUAGCUACUUUCUUAGACUACUAUUUUAAUCCUAAUAGACAACUGAAAGCACUGUUCCUAAAUAAUAAUAGCCUAGUCAAAAUUACGUCUAAUGCUCUAGUCAACCUGAAGGAAUUGGAGACACUGGACAUCUCUAGCAAUAAGUUAGACUACAUACCUAAGUCUUUAUUCGAUAACUUUGAACAACUAAGAGAGCUCAAUUUAAGCUUCAACCAGUUCCAGAACAUAUCACAAGAUGCUUAUAAGAAUCUUAAGAACUUAAGGUGGCUAAGCAUGGGCGGUAAUCGACUCCGGACACUGCCGCCCACACUCUUCCAGCAUAACGAAAAUCUUAAAACGAUCUACCUCGAUCACACUGAACUAACAGUUAUACAAAACACUAACUUCAAAGGCUUAAGUACUCUACAGAAAUUAUAUAUAAGAAAUAACGAAUUUUUACGAGAAAUAGAAACAUUUGUAUUCCAAGACACGCCGACCAUAACGCACUUGGACCUCAGUUCUAACGCACUGCUGUCGUUACCCAAGUCGCUGACCAUGUUGAACAACCUGCAAGAGUUCAAGCUGGGCAACAACCCAUGGGCGUGCGACUGUCGCAUGGCCUGGUUCGCUGGCUGGGCGGAGAAAAAGAAAGACAUCAUCAAGUCUGACUUGAGCUGCCCGCUCACCUACCCCAACGAUAUGAUAAGGAUAUUGAACCACACCAACUGUAAACCUCCUACCCUGAUAUCUAGUAGUCCGCUGACACUAUACAGGUUGCAGAAGGACGCUCUACUAGAGUGUAAAUUCUCAGGUAAUCCAAUGCCGUCCAUAACUUGGAUCACACCGACGAGGAUGGUAUUCCAUUGGAACCCUGAGCCACUGAUCCCGGAUAUAUUCCAAAAGCACGGCGUUGCCCACGAUCAGUAUUACCGGCCCAUAGAUAAUGCUAAAUCGCGAGUGAGAGUUUUGGAUGAUGGCUCGCUUUUCAUAGGAGAUAUACAUAGAGAAGACUGUGGAACUUACUUAUGCUUUGCAACGAACCCCUCGGCUAACCUUACAGCGGAGGUGGUGCUCAACAUAGAUCCCAUGACUAUGUUCGAGAUCAAAAUGUAUAGUUUACUAUGUGGCGCGAUAUGUGCCGCUGGAUUCUUAGGACUUACACUACUGGUGCAAUUUUUGCGCUACAUAUUUUUCAGAUUCCGUCUGAUGGAGACGUGCUGUAGUUGCUGCACGUGCGUGAGCCGCGAUGCGCCACGCUCCAGACAAAUAUUUAGCAUGCUGGACAACAUAGAACAGUACAAGAGACAACAGUUAGAGAAACUACGGGAAAAUUACGCGGUUCAAGUUCAUCGCAUUAAAGAAAAUUGUACGCAACAGAUGGACUGGAUACAGAACAGUUACUCCACACAAGCAAGUCAUUUACGAAAUAUUAGAGACAUCGGCAGCAACCACCUGAGCGCGAUGAGAGACCAGUACUAUGACCAGGUGAAACGCGUCCGCGAGUACUCCACGAGCCAGUUGAACUGGGUGCGUGAGAACUACGUGUUCCAGAGGAACAAAAUACGGAAGUUCAGCGCGCACCAGGUGCUGCGACUCCGGGAGUCGUACAAGUAUCAGCAGCAGACGCUCAACAAAGUGCUCGAGAACCUGCCCAGCCUGUACUUCGAGAACUGUCGGAGUGGAUCCUGCGGCAGGAGUGACUCUAUGGCCUUCGACCCCGACGUUGAGGUCAUCGACAUGUACCUCAAGACGAAGAUCGAGAAACUGUCGAAUCUUCCUAAUCCGAUUUUCGAUGAGGAGAGCAAGAUAUCAGUGUACUACACGCCGACCGAGAGGUCGGUGAACUCCAGGAGAAACUCUCCCAUUCCGGAAGGCAUCCAUAUCAACAUGAUAGAGAAAGGUCCACCCCGGCUGCUGGCCAUGAUCAAGCCGCUGCAGACGGAGCCACCGACCUUGGAGUCGCCGACUCCACCGGGCUCGCCGUCGCCAACGACGUCGAAGGCGGCCAUGUAUCCUCGGCCUAUAAAAUACAAAAACGAGCGAGGCGACCGGAGCGAGCGGGGCGACCGGAGCGAACGCGGUGACCGGAGUGAACGCGGUGACCGAAGCGAGCGCGGCGACCGGAGCUCUCGCGUCGAGCGGGGCGAACGAAGCUCACGCGGCGAGCGUAGUUCACGCGACGUGGAGCCGAAGCCCGCGAGCGAGCCGCUGCUGGGGCGCGGCGCGGUGACGUUCGAGCGCGGGCGGCGGCGCGUGACGCUGCCGACGAGCGCGAGCUCGCCGGAGCUGGGCGCGGCGGAGGCGGCGGCGGCGGCGCGCGUGCUGCUGGCGGUGGAGCUGGGCGCGCCGGAGGGCGGCGGCCGGCCGUUGUAG